UGAACACCUCCAAAGAUGCGUUUUCUGUUGAAUAUUACCGGUACCGUUAUCCUGCUAUGUUUGACCAUCAGUUUCACAGAUGGGUCAACCUUUAACGAAAGUAGUUCACGUGGCGUUGAAGAGGGACGGGGAGGGCUCGUUUUUCCUACCUUGUCGAUUAUGCAGUUUUCGCUUUGCACGAGUUCGGGAACGCCCCUCUUCAAAACCAAGAAGUACCCGUUCCGUCGUCUGGGUCUUAACCUUGGCUUCCAGGUGAACUACGCGCUGCCGUACCGGCUGAUGGACUUUUACAAACCGCCGACCUGGGCCCGCGCCAUGGUGGACAUCGUCAAGGGACGGUUCAUGCCGACGGAGGUCGUAACGGCGAGGGCCUUCCGGCGGCGUCGCUCGAACCGGCACCUUUCGGCCGGGGACAUCUACAAGGCGGUCGACGAAACGCUGCAAAUGGCGGGCUACGAGCAGGAUUGUCUGCUCAAGAGUGUCUGCGAGUUGGCUCACAGUCCGCUGCACAACGUUCAGGAGGAUCUGUACGCGGAAAUAUUGCAGUUUAUUCUAACACCAUCGGAGCAUCAGGGAUUCGAUACAGGGGAACGCAAAAUGCGCAUCAGAUACGAAAUGGCGGAAAAGUUGGGAAGAGAGGGUGCAGAUUGUGAUUUGCUGUACACGAAGUGCAGCAAAUCGUUUCUAAGUGAUAUCACAAACUUUGUUGAUGAAAGUACAGAUCACGUUAUAUUCUGA